UAUAUAAGCGGGCUGAGGCCGGGCGUGUGCCAGGCUCACGAGCUGAUCCAGUGCAGCAAAGGCGCGUGCCAACAGUCCUGAUCCAGACCCGGUUCUGCUGGGUCGGAACCAACACCUCCUCAUCUCACCAGAACCGAACCGAAUCCCAGAUGGACUCCGUGUUCUCCGACACCGAUACCAGCUGCGACCUGUUCCCGCACACUGACGAUGAGGAUAGCGUGCGGGGCGGCAGCAUGCGCGGCGCGUCCCCGCCGCCCCACCAGUCGCCGCCGCUGCAGAAGAAGCGGCGGCGCGGCCGCGGUCGCACUGACGCCAGCGCGCAGGUGGUGAAGAAGAGCCGGCGGCUGAAGGCCAACGACCGGGAGCGGAACCGCAUGCACAACCUGAACGACGCGCUGGACGCGCUGCGGGGCGUCCUGCCCGCAUUCCCGGACGAGACCAAACUCACCAAGAUCGAGACUCUGCGCUUUGCGCACAACUACAUCUGGGCUUUGUCCGAAACCAUCCGCAUCGCGGACCUGCAGGCGGGCCGCGGCGGGGAGCCGCUCCCACUGCGGGCCGCCCCCAGCCCGGCCAGCGACGGCAGCGCAGGCCGCUGCUGGAGCUCCGGCGGCUCCUCGUCCUCCUCCUCCCCGGCCUACUGCGCCUCCAGCCCGGGCAGUCCCGCCGCGCCGGACGACCUGCUGCAGCGGGACGCGCUGUUCGGCUUCCGUAGCUUCGCUACGGGCAUCUACUGAGGACACCUGGACACACCUGCAGACAGACCUGUCCCGCAGCGGAGCAGCAUUUUGCCUUACUGAACUGAACUGGAUGAGAAGAACGUUCUUCUUCAUUUAUUUGUCUCACUUUGCGUUUCACUCUAAACAUCUUUGCACUUUCCCCCCUUAAACCUCCAGUGAGCAGAUUCCAGUCAGACCUCCUCCUCCUCCUCCUAUUCCUCCUCCUCUUCCUCCUCUUCCUCCUCCUCCUUCUCCUCCUCCUCUUCCUCUUUCUUCUCCUCCUCCUCCUCUUCCUCCUCCUCCUCUUCCUCUUUCUUCUCCUCCUCCUCCUCUUCCUCCUCCUCG